UACCUCUCUCUCUCUCUCUCUCUCUCUCUCUCUCUCUCUCUCUCUCUCUCUAUAUCUGUGUAUGUGUUUGGUGCACUCUUCUUAGGAAACAACCACUGCAAGUCUCCUAGCUCAAGUGGGUAUCUCCCAUUUUUCUUAAAAAAGCAAAGGAGAAGAAGAAAAACAGCUUCCUAGUUCAUAUACAAGUUUAUUAGAAGAGAGUGCACACAUACAAGUAGCAACAACAAGAUCCCAGAAAAAGGCCAUCUACUACACUAGAGGGGGGGUGUGUUUUAGCAAGAAGAAGGGAAAAAGAGCAGCUUUCAUAUACCAAGAGUCCUAGAUCAGUACUACAACUAGUAGAAAAAAAGGGGGUGUUGGGGGAGGUGUUUUAGCAAAGGUAUGCGUGCAGGAGCCUGCACAGUACAGCAGACCCUCACCUCAGAGGCUGCUUCGGUGCUGAAGCUCUCCCUCAGCCUAGCAAGGAGGAGGGGCCAUGCACAAGCCACGCCCUUACACGUGGCAGCCACAUUGCUCACCUCAAGGGCCAGCCUCUUGAGGAGGGCCUGCCUCAAAUCCCAGCCACACCCUCCUUCCCAUCCUCUCCAAUGCAGGGCUCUAGAGCUCUGCUUCAAUGUAGCCCUAAACAGGCUUCCCACAACCCCUGGCCCACUCCUCCAGGCCCACCAGCCCUCCUUAUCCAAUGCUCUCAUUGCAGCCCUUAAAAGGGCUCAGGCCCACCAGAGGAGGGGCUGCAUUGAGCAGCAACAGCAGCAGCCUCUCCUAGCCAUUAAAGUAGAGUUAGAGCAGCUUAUCAUCUCUAUCUUAGAUGACCCAAGUGUUAGUAGAGUGAUGAGAGAGGCUGGUUUUUCAAGCACUUGUGUUAAGAGCAAUGUAGAAGAAUCCUCUUCUUCUUUGACUUCCUCUGUUUUCCAGUGUUAUAGCUCUGGUGGGAUUCUUUCAUCUCCUCCUUCUGUUGAGAGUCGCAGAGAGACUGUCCGAUCAGGCAGUUUCUGGCCUACCCAUAUCUUGAAUUCCCCUCCUGAGCAAGGCCCACCUCUUUUUUCAGCCCAAAGGAAGCAAAUCAGCUCCCAUUUUGUUGAUUUGGGCGGCGAGCGGAAGGAUGAUUUGAGGGUGGUUUUGGAGGUGCUGCUGAGGAAGAAAAGGAGGAACGCAAUCAUCGUUGGCGAUUGCCCUUCGACUGCUGAAGGGCUUCUCAUGGAGCUAAUGGGGAAGGUGGAGAGAGGUGAGGUGCCUGAGGAGCUAGGGGCAGUGCAUUUCAUCAGGUUCCAGCUCUCACCUGUAGCACUGAGGUUCAUGAAGAGGGAUGAUGUGGAAAUGAAGGUUGUUGAACUGAGGAGGAAGACGGGGCCCGCUGUGUUGGCUGGUGGGGCCAUCAUCUAUGUGGGGGACCUGAAAUGGGUGGUUGAGGAGUCCUAUGCUGAGAAGGAUUCUGUACCUGGGUUAGGAGUCCCAGGUUAUAGUCCAGUUGAGCAUGUGAUAGGGGAAAUUGGGAGAUUGCUAUCCGAUUUCAAUGGCAAGGUGUGGCUGAUGGCCACUGCAAAUUACCAAACAUACAUGAGGAGUCAGAUGAGGACACCCCCACUUGAAAUCCAGUGGUCUCUACAAGCUGUUGCUGUUCCAUCAGGUGGCCUUGCAUUGAGCCUUCAUUCUUCCAGUGGGAUGGAUGGAAGGGCACCCCUCUCUCAAAACCUAUCACAACGGUUGGAAUCGAACCAUUUCAAUGCCAAGGAAGAACUGGAACCGCUCGUCUGCUGUGCCGAAUGCGCUUCCAAUUUCGAGAAGGAAGCUGGGAUUUUCAAAUCAGCCCAGCAAAAAUCUCCAUCUUUCCUUAGCUCGGGUGAUGACAGAGGCUCAAAUCACCUUCCUUACUGGUUGCAAGAACAUAGACCAGAGAAUCAUCACAAGGAUGUUUUGCUUGAAUUGAGAAGAAAAUGGAACAGAUUGUGCCAGAGCCUACACCACCAUCCAAGACACAACCAGAUUCAACCAAAUCCUUCCUUGUUCAACCAAAACUGCAAGAGUCAUGCCUACGCUCCGCCCUAUCCAUGGUGGCCUGCCAGCCUACAAUUCAUGCAGACCAACAGCUUCGCAGAUUCAAAUUCCAUCUCCUUCGCCGAAUUGGUGUCAAAACCAGGGACUAACUCCAACUUCAUGGCCCAGUUAAAAAACCAACCAUCCUGGUCUGUGGAGAAUGGCAUCGGUGGCGGUGGGAAUCAUCAGGAGCUAAGUACCCCUGAAAAUCAUCCUUCCCGUCUGAGCUUGGAUUCUCUUAAGAAAACCCAAAACAAGGAUUUGAGGAUUACCCUCGCCCUUGGAAAUCCUCUGUUCUCUGACUCUGCUACUUCACCGGUAUGGAGGAGAGAAACCAUAGAUCCGCGGGACUUGCGCAGAGAUUUGCUGGAAAACAUCCCAUGGCAAUCUGAGAUUGUUCCUGCAAUAGUAGAUGCAUUGCUGGAUUUCAGACCAGGCUGGAAGAAGGGGAUUUGGUUAUUGAUUCAGGGGAAUGAUUGGAUCGGAAAGAGAAGAUUCGCGCAGGCAGUUGCAGAGUCUCUUUAUGGAUCGACGGAUAGCCUUGUUCACAUGAACUUGAAAAAUAUAAGAGAGAACAAGAUCAGCUCAUCUGCUAAAAUUCUCAUCGAUGCCUUGAGAAAUGACACGAAUCGUGUUGUUUUGUUGGAAGAGAUGGACCACGCAGAUCCUGAAUUCGUAAAAUUCCUCGCUGAUGGCUACAAAAAUGGAAAAUUCAAAGACCCAUCUGGCCAAGAAGUUGCCGCCUGCGCUGUAUUUAUCAUGACUAGAGGCGGUUCGACGGACUUUGACGGCAAUGGAGAGAAACCCAAUUCAGUAAUUCAGAUGAAGUUGCAUUUCGAAGAGAAACAGCCUGAUUCAAUUGCAUCCAAUGGUUACAAACGGAAGGGCGAUCAAGAACUCCAAAAUGAAUCCAAGCAUCCAAGAACGGGGGUGAAAGAAGAAGAGCCAUUGAUCAUCGUGGAGGUCGAGAUCGAGAAAAAGCCGUUCUCGAGGCAAUCAAGCAUCACCACCCUUGAUCUGAACAUCUGUGCUGAAGAUGACGGUGACGAUGGCGAGUCCAAUGCCAUCCCGAGCGAUCUGACACAGGAGAGUGUGGCAGACCUCCAUAUCCCACAUGGGUUUUUUGAAUUGAUCGAGAACCGAUUCAUCUUCGACAGGAAUCCUGUCCGGUCCAGCCGGAUUUCAGAGAAUUUCCGGUCGAAGCUCGAGGAGUCGUUCCAAUCGGCUCUUGGGGGCAAAAGGAGGGGGAUUUUUUGUGUAGAUGAGGGGGUUUUGGAGGAGCUGGUGGUUGCAUCAGCUUCCUUUGUGGAGAGCUUGUUUGAAAAAUGGCUGAAAGACGUUUUUCAAACGAGCUUGGCAACGGUCGAUUGGAAAAAGGGCGGGAAAGAGGUGUGGGUGGUUAGAAUGUCCGUUGAGGGCAAAAUUGGAAAUUUGGAAUUUGGGUUCGAGGGUUCAAAUCUUCCCAAGAGAAUCUCUGUAGACUGACGGUCCGAUGCUUUUGUUUUAUGUAAAAAGUUAAAUGACUAAAAUGCCCAUGUAUCGUCUUUUGUCGUUUCAGCGUGCAUGGGCUGUGGUGGGGUGUGUAAAUCUGUGAAAUGGCAGGGCUCUUUUUCUUUCUCUA